UCUGUCUCAGAAAGAGGCAUAGAGAGAAAGAGGGAGAGAAAAACAAAAUGGAAGUAAUGAAAAUUCUUCACAUGAACAAAGGAAACGGUGAUACGAGUUAUGCCAAAAAUUCUAUCGUUCAGAGCAACAUAAUAUCAUUAGGCAGAAGAGUGAUGGACGAGGCCUUGAAGAAGCUAAUGAUGAGCAAUUCAGAAAUUUCGAGCAUUGGAAUCGCCGACUUAGGCUGCUCCUCGGGUCCCAACAGUCUCUUGUCCAUCUCUAACAUCGUACAAACAAUUCAAAACUUGUGUGCUCAUGACCUGGACCGUCCAGUCCCUGAGCUCAGAGUCUCUCUCAACGACCUCCCUAGCAAUGACUUCAACUACAUUUUUGCUUCGUUGCCGGAGUUUUACGACCGGCUUAAUAAGAGAGACAAUAAUAAGAAGGAAGGUUUAGGGUUCGACCAAGGAGGACCGUGUUUUGUGUCGGCGGUUCCUGGCUCUUUCUACGGCCGUUUGUUUCCUCGCCGGAGCCUUCACUUUGUUUAUUCUUCUUCUAGUUUGCACUGGUUAUCUCAGGUUCCAUGUGGUGAGUUGGACAAGGAAGCUGGAGUGGCCAUAACAGCUGAUUUAGACAACAGAGGGAAAAUAUACUUAUCAAAGACAAGUCCUAAGAGUGCACAUAAGGCCUAUGCUCUUCAAUUCCAAACCGAUUUCUCGGUGUUUCUAAGAUCGCGAUCCGAAGAGUUGGUCGCUGGAGGCCGAAUGGUUUUAUCAUUCCUCGGUAGAAGCUCACCGGAUCCAACAACCGAAGAGAGUUGCUAUCAAUGGGAACUCCUAGCUCAAGCUCUUAUGUCCAUGGCCAAUGAGGGUAUCAUCGAAGAAGAAAAUAUCGAUGCAUUCAACGCUCCUUACUAUGCUGCGAGCUCCGAAGAAUUGAAAAUGGCGGUAGAGAAAGAAGGUUCUUUUUCGAUCGAUCGACUUGAGAUUAGUCCGGUUGAUUGGGAAGGUGGGAGUAUCAGCGAGGAGAGUUAUGACAUAGUGCGCUCCAAGCCCGAAGCCCUAGCUAGUGGACGAAGAGUGGCUAAGACCAUACGUGCCGUGAUAGAGCCGAUGCUAGAACCUACAUUUGGUCAACAUGUGAUGGACGAACUUUUUGAAAGGUAUGCGAAGAUUGUGGGAGAGUACGUCUAUGUGAGUUCGCCUCGAUACGCCAUUGUUAUUGUUUCACUCGUUAAAACGGGUUGAUCAUGUCAUAACCUAUAUGCUUGUUUACUUGUCUUUGGACCUACAAUGACAUGAUCAUUUCAUACCUUUUAACUAAUGAAGGAUAUGUAAUGUCAUUCGAGCUUAAAAUAAUAAAAAAAAAAUGU